UGCUAAUUGAGUUGUUUGGUUUUCUUUUUGGUUUGUUUUUUUGCAAUGGUUUCACUUUUACAACGAAUAUAACUCUUGCACCAUGGAAAUUGAACAGACUUCAGUAAGUGUGGCCACUUCUGAUACAAAUUCCACCUCAGAGUAUCUGGAUGCCGAAGGUGAAUCCGAGGAGAUUCAUAGUAGCGAAAAUGAAACCUUUUACCCAGAGGAGGCGGAUCGUGGUGAUAAUGAAGCUGAGCAGCAGCAACAUAGUAUUAUAUUAGAAUUGCGAGACGAACUGGGCACAAGGCCCCAAGGAGUUACUCCGGAACCAGCAGAUAGCAACAAGGAAUUGGCUGCCUCAGUAGAAUCACUGGCAUUGAGCAGCUCUACGAGUGCCAAGACUGAGGAUAGUCAAAGUGUCCACCAGAUGCAUCUAGAUGACGAUCAGCAUGAUUAUCAGCACGACAGCGUCUGGCGUGGCCAAAAGAAGCAUAUAUUCAUAUUAAGCGAAGCAGGCAAACCUAUUUAUUCCCUACACGGCAACGAGGAUAAAUUGGUGACACUUUUUGGGGUUAUCCAAGCACUGGUUAGUUUCGUUCAAUUGGGCCAAGACGCCAUUACCUCAAUACACGCGGGGGGCAUUAAAUUUGCCUUCAUGCAAAGGAAUUCUUUAAUUCUCGUGGCAGCUACAAGAACCAAUAUGAGUGUUCAGCAAAUGCAACUGCAACUGAGCGAUGUGUACAAUCAAAUCCUUUCAACUCUGACCUACUCUCACAUGAACAAAAUCUUUGAAAAACGCAAGAACUUUGAUUUGCGACGUCUUCUCUCUGGCAGUGAGCGACUCAUUUUUAAUUUGUUAGCCAAUGAUAGUAGUAAUGCUAGGGUGUCAAAUAAUAUUUUCACAUUUCUCACCAAUUCCAUUAGAGUCUUUCCUCUGACGACUGCCGUAAGGUCUCAGAUAGUGUCGGCCAUUCAGAGUAACUGCUCAAAAAUCAAAAAUCUGGUCUUUGCCGUACUGAUAGCCCAGAAUAAAUUGAUUGCUUUGGUGCGCAUGAAGAAAUAUUCGAUACAUCCUGCCGAUUUACGUUUAAUAUUCAAUUUAAUUGAAUGCUCCGAGUCCUUUAAAACAUCAGAGAACUGGACUCCAAUCUGUUUACCCAAAUUCGAUAUGAAUGGCUAUUUGCAUGCUCAUGUCUCAUAUUUAUCUGAUGAUUGCCAGGCCUGUCUCUUGCUCCUAUCGGUGGAUCGUGAUGCCUUCUUCACUUUAUCGGAGGCCAAGGCCAAAAUAACAGAGAAACUGCGAAAAAAUAAUUGCCUAAAAGCCAUCGAUGAUGAGCUGAAGCAGCCUUUUAACGCAAAACUCUAUCAACAAGUUUUAGGAGUGCCCGAACUAAGGCAUUUCCUUUAUAAACCCAAAAACACCGCUCAGCUGUUAUGUCCCAUGCUCAGGCAUCCAUACAAGGCCAUAACAGAGUUUGAACGUCUUGAGGCCAUCUAUUGCAGUCUUCUGCAUCGAAUCCAUAACAAUUGGAGACCGCUUAAACUCAUUUAUGAGGUGAAGGAACAGGAAGUAGUUCUCGCUUGGGCCACUGGCACCUAUGAGCUUUACGCUGUAUUUGAGCCAGUCGUUGACAAGGCCACCGUGAUUAAAUAUGUGGAUAAACUGAUUAAAUGGAUUGAAAAGGAGUACGAUGUCUACUUUAUACGAAAUCAUGCAACAUUCUGAGCCGCAUUUAAGAAUUUCUUGAAAUAAUUAUUGUGAGAUGUGUAACUAUUUUUACAAAACCUGCUUACUGUUUCAUACAACCUUUGAACGAUUGAUCAUAUAAUGCUUUAAUAAUGAUUUUUGUUAUUGUUUUCAAGUUGUCCCUAUCACAGCUUUUAUAUACAGAUAUAAAUACUAAAUGACUUAACCUUAUCUAUACCAGAAAUACUUACACAUGUACAAUUGUAAUUUAAUGAAUUUAAGUAAAACUCUUUAAAAACAAUA